AUGGAUAACUUCAUGAACAUGACCAAAAAAGCCGGCCACACGGCCGAGCUGCAGCGCUUGGUUGAUCUCCACGCGGUCUACGAUGAUGCGAUGGAUGGCAAGCUCGUCUUGGCCCCCAUUGACCUGCAGGAGCCAGGCAAGAGAAUACUAGACUCUGGCACUGCUGACGGCACCUGGCUCCGUGGCGUGCGUAGCUCGCUCUCAGCUAAGCACCAUUACUUUGGCAGUGAUGUCGAAUCUGAGCUCUUCCCCGAGCAACCAGACGGCAUCACGUUCUUUCAACACUCCUUCACCGAGCCAUGGCCAGAGGACAUCAGGAACUCGUUUGACCUCGCCCACAUACGGGGUAGCCUCGCAGGCUCUAGCCCGAAGAAACCCAUCGACGUGGUCAAGGACUUCACGUCCCUAGUGAAACCGGGAGGCUGGGUCCAGCUCCAGGAAAUGAACGCGUUCAGCCCGCCCAGCAACGGACCCGCAAUGACCGACUUCGCACGGAUGGUCUCGGAAGUUUGGACGAGGAUAAAUGUGGGCGAUUUCGCCAAUGAGUUGAAGUCCAUGCUGGAAGAGGCGGGCCUGCAGAGCGUUCAGGAGAGGCGAAUCAUAUGUGAGAUAGGGAAGACGGCGAAACCGGAGUUGCGUACCCAGAGUGUCAAUGGCGUUACAGGACCUGUUCGGCCGCUGACUUCCGUUGCAAGGGGUGUGCCAACUUCUUUCAAUGAAGAGCAGCUUGAUACCUUGCCGGAGAGGGUGAAGGCGGAGCUCGAGAGUGAGGGUGGGAGAAUUGAGGUGAUUGUUGCUUGGGGUCAGCGUGUCUAA